AUGACCAACAAGCAACAACUGGAUCUUGGUAAUGUGGCAAGAAAUAUGUCUUCUGAUGAACAGGCAAUCAGUCUUAUCGCAAGAUUGGUAACACAACCGGCAGUGAAUUUAGAGUCUUCAGAGAUUACAAGGCAUACAGGAGAAAUCAGCGAGUUGAAAGAACAACUUGAACAAAAAGACGCCGAGAUAAUCGAGCUUCGAAAAAAUGUAAAGCAACUCGAAGAGGACAACCAUAAUCUUCUCAUAAAACUGGAAGCAAAAGACGAGGAAGUGAAGAUUUUGAAGAAACGUAUACAACUACUCGAAGAUGAAAAGAAAAUCCUUAAAGAGGAAUUGGCUGCCGUUCAUUUCAAGUUGAAGAGCAUUGAAGAAGAAAUGAAAAACAUACAACAGUCGAGGCAAGACGACGAAGAAAAGUCCUCAAAGCUGGACGAGGAAAUGAAAAUGAUUCACUACACUUUAAAAGAGAUCAAAAAAGAUUUAGCGGCGACGAAAUCUGAGAAUGAAGUCCUAAAGAAGCAGAUUCGUCAUCAGACUCGGUACGUACCCGGUGCUCUUCCACUAAUGUCUGUACAAGUGAGCGAAGAAGCGAAUGCUUCGAAAAAUCUAGGAGAAAUGUGCCUACAGAUUCAAGCUCAGCUCUACAAGAAAAUCCUUCCCGGCUACUUCACUCCCAUAAGGAGUUACAAAAUUGCAACUCUGAAAAAAGAUAUUGAGAAGCUUUCUAAAACAGUAAACGAAAAGGCUGAAGCUCUUAAACGAUGGGAAGACCUCAAAUCCACUCUACAGUUGAGGGAGGAAGAUUUUGAAGAAGCUCUUGAUGCUCUACAGGAAGGAUACAACCGAAGCCACGAUUUAAAACCACCAAACCUAAAUGUAAAAGUGCUAAAAGAAUCGGCUGAGUUAUUGGAAAGGCGAAAUAUCUUGAAGGGAUGGAUCUCUCUGGAGCGAGUCAACGGUCUGAUAGAUGUUUGGAAAAACCUCGUGGACUGUGGUGAAAAAGCCUGA